AUGGCUUUACGAUCGGCGAGUAUUGAACAGAAGGAGGUCAAUAUUUGUCACGAAGAGGGUUCUGUUCAAGAAGUUGGUGAUUUAUCUGCUAGUAUCAAGAAGUUCUUCAUCUCGUCCGACUUCUCCGACCUGACUAUAUGCACAGCAGAUCAAGAAUUCAAAGUCCAUCGACUGGUUGUCUGUGGGCAGUCUGCGUAUUUCUCCCGCUUGUUCAAGGGAGGCUGGACGGAAUCAGUCGACAGCACGGUCCAACUCAAGAGCGAUGAUCCGCGCACUAUAGAGGCCAUGAUCCAUUUCAUGUACGGAUUCGAGUACGACAGUAGCGGUAGCAAUCUUGGCCGUGUUUCACCCAUGCUAUUCAAUAUCAAUGUAUAUCAAGUUGCCGACAAAUUUGGGGUUCCACAGCUCAAGCAGAAGGCCAAAGACAAGUUUGAAACCAUCGCUAGGACAUGCUGGAACAUGGACGACUAUCCUACAGCCAUCUCAGAGGCAUACCAGCGUACCCACAAGGACGACAGAGGCCUCCGCGAUAUCCUUGUGCACAUUUCCCAUGAACAUCUUAAAAAGCUGCUGGAGAAUGAAGAUUUUCGAACGGUACUUGAGGAGACUCUGGGCUUCGCAGCCGACUUGGUUAAGCAUUCGACGGUGAAGGGGGCUGGGGAAACCAGUUGUGCCACGACUUGGUCGUAA